AUACACUUACAUUUUUUUCUUGUCUUAGAAUAAAUGAAUUGAAUGAUCAGAUUGGAAGGUUACAGUUUCAAUUAGAAGAAAAAGAAAAUGUUAAUUCUGCCUUAUCCAGUGCAAUGGAGAAAUUAACUGCAUCAUCUCGAUCUGUAGAUACAACAGAUUUGUCUAUUAAGUUCAACAAAAAUGAAAAAAUCAUCAGUAAAUUUGUUAGCACUUUAAAAGAAAUCCAUACCAUUAUUUCAAGAGACCAUGAUUUUGAGGCUUCUACUAAGCUAUUUAUAAAUGAAGAGUUUGAUCUGGAUUCUGUGGAGUUGAAACUUUCAGAAACAUUGAGUAACAUGAGAACUACAGUAAAUCGAUAUCACAAACAAAUUGAAGAAAAUAAUUCUAAAUUAUUAAGUUUGAAAGAGCAAAACCUCGUGCAACAACGAACCAUUGAAUUUCUAGAAGAUGAGAGACACAAUGCUCAGCAAUUGAACUUAAAGCUAUCUUCUCAGUUUGAAUCAUUAAAUCAGAAAAUGCAAGACUUGAUGGUGGAUAUUAAAACGGGAGAAAGAAGCGGUCAGAGUAAUUAUUUGGAUGGUGUUGUUAGAUCUUUAAGGGAGCAAAUAGAAUCUCAUAAUUCUGAAAGAGUUCGCUUGCUGAGUGUUCAAGAAGAGUUGUAUUCAGAGUUACAAAUUGAAAAGGAAGAGAAAAGAGUUUUAAAGCAAAAAGAAUUAAGCUUGACACUUGAAGUUGAGAAAUACACCCGAAAAUCAGCUGACAUGGAAGCAAAUUUAGAUACCAUUAAAGAUGAACUACUUGAAGCACAGAAAAAUUUAAAGUCAGUUGUAUUAGAUAAAGAAUUAUUGGAACAAGAAAAAGUGAAAUUUUCUGGUAUUUUGUCUGGUUUAGAUAACCAGAUUCUUGAGAUGAAGAAACAAAUAGCUAAUCUGCAAGAUGAAGAACGAUCUGUCAGGGCCUCUUUAACCGCAAUGCAAAGUACAAAUGAAAAUCUUUCAUGUGAAAAAGCUGAUCUUGCUAAAUCUCUGAAUGAGGUAAAUAAACUCAAGAGUACUUCAGAAAUAUUAUCUUUUUUUUUGUAA